CUUAAGAAAUACUAGACUUUAGCUACUGCAUCCCUGGCAACCAACCCAAAACAAAACGGAGUCAAAUUUGUUAAAAAUCAAGAAAAUCUUAAAUAAACUUCAAUAAUAAACCCUAUAAACAAUUCACGACCAUGGCCGCCUUGGCCAGUUUGACCGCACAGUACACAGACUCCGAAAAUGAAGGCGAGGCCAGUCCAGAUUCCCAGAACUCAACGGCGUCCCAGGUCAUCAUUCCUAAGCGGCCCUCGCCAACACCCACAAAACAGGAUCCAAGCGAAAACAAGCAGCAAGAAAAAAAGAAAAGGAAGCGGGCCAAGAAAGUCCGUAGGCUGGUGAGCUACCAGGAUGAUACCCUCAUUUCCGACGAGGAGGAAGAUAAGGCUGCAGCCCAGUCCAGCGAGGAGGAAUCGAGCAGCGAUUCGGAAAGCGAAAGUUCCGGUUCCAAGAGUGAGGACAGCUCAAAGGCCAAGGACAAGAGCAAUGCUGGAAACGGAGCUCGCGAGGGCGAAACUGCCAUGGAGGUGGACGAGGAGUCGGCUGACUUUCCCACCGACGAACGAACAGCUGAGAGCUACGAGAAGGAUCCUAAAUAUGCCAAGUACAAGUUUCAACUGCCGCCGGAGCCGAAGGGCAAUCCACCGCCGGAACUGGUGGCCAAGAUCACCAAAAUGUACACAAAGAUGCGGCAGACGAAUAUGGACAUGAACCGAGUGAUCCAAGACCGCAAGGAGUUCCGGAACCCAAGCAUCUACGACAAACUUAUUAGCUUUUGUGACAUCAACGAGUUUGGAACCAACUAUCCUCCAGAGAUCUACGAUCCCUUACAGUGGGGCGAGGAAUCCUACUAUGAGUCUCUCGCAGCCGUUCAGAAAACAGAGAUGGUCAAGCGGCAGAAGGAUCGCAAGGAUAUGGAUAAGGUGGAACAGGUCACGGCUUUAGCCAGGAAAGUCGAAGAGGAAGCCAAAAAGCGGAAAUCCAAGUGGGAUCAGCCAGCUCCGUCCACUAAGCCCACUCUGCCUGCUCUGACCACCACGGUUACGGGCACCAAGGGCACGGUUAUCUCCGCCUUCGGUUCGCUUCCCAAAAAACCAGCCGCUUAGUUAUUGAAUAAAUAAAAUUUUAAACCUAAA